CCGCGUUAUUCACAUUUGUUUCUCUGUUGUUUUGCAUUUUCAUUAAGAAAACAUUAUUCAUACUAGUCAAGAGAUAAUCUCUUGCAUUAGUCUAUCUUCUAGCGACAUUCACUGGCUUUGUUACAUCAUGACCUAACUAUCUUGCCUCAUCUUUGUCUUAUGUCACUCAGUCAUGCAGCAGUGACAGAAACCUUGUUUAGCCACGUAUUCAAUACUUAAAACAAUGUGUACGCGUAAAAUAUUCUUUUUUUUUUUUUAACACGAAUAUUGCAAAUAAAAGCCCCUUUAUAUUUUUCGCAUAUUUGCGUGUUGUCUAUUAAUAGACCAAGUUGUUCAAAUUGAGUCACGAGGUCAUGGAACUAUUAAUGAAGCGUUCAAAUUCCGAUCACAACAACGCUGGUACUGCUGAAUUCAUCUGUUUGCUCGUGGAUUCCAUCGAUGGAAGAACCGAAGUGGGAAAAUUUACCUGAGCACAUUGUGGUGGGGAUCUUUUCAUACCUCAGGCUACCAGACAGGCUUUCAGCUUCGCUAGCUUCUAAACAGUGGCGAGAAUGUUUUCAUUCCUCAGUGUUAUGGCAGACAUUUCUGUUCAGAUUCGUCGAUGCAAGGGAGUUCAAAUACGGCAAAUUCUUGGAGAAUCAUGGUCAGUAUCUUAAGCGUGUUGAGAUCCAGUGUAAGCAAGACGAAAACAUCAACAGAGAAAGCGCUUGCACUCUUAUCCGUAUGUUAAGCGGUAUUAAAGUGCGACGGCUAGAGAAAUUUGUUGUCAAGUUUGUCGGAGAGAAUCCUUUGUUCUACGCCGGUCACGAAUUUAUCGACUGUUUGCGAGAUUUGUUCGAUAAACCAAAGCAGGAUUGCGAAAUAUUCUUCACACUGAAGUCCGUGGACCUUAGUAAAUUACCGAUUGCUUACAGCGACGAUUUAAUCAACUGUUUGGUGGAAAAUAAUCCCGACUUGGAGUCAUUGAAUAUUCAAAACGCUUCGCUUGUUUGCAAAGUGUCUUCCGGUUGCAUAGAAAAUGUUGUUAACAGGUGCCGGAAGUUGAAGUCGCUCGCUGUUCAUCACACCAGUGUCACUGAGGAGAUAUUGCUGUUGUUUACCGAGGAGGACCGUACCGCCUUAGAGCAUCUAUCUAUUGACUGUCGACGAGAGGAGAAAUUUGGAAAAGACAUAACCUCAGAAACGUGGGAGCUUGUCACGAAGAAGAUUCCGCAGCUUCGUGUCACGCUAGCGUUCGACACUUCAUGCCCUAUGUUCAAGGUAGACACGAUUUUAAAGCCAGAAAUACCAGUAAAAAACCUGCGAUUAGAGGUCAUGUCCAGCGUUGUGACCCAAGUUUAUUUCGCGGCAAUGAACUACAGCGAAACCUUAGAAAGGCUGUCCGUCAGCACCACAGGCAGUGAAGAACUCGAACAAGCCUUGCUGUGUCUCGUCUCUAAGUGUGAGAGACUUAGUGAACUAUACGUGUUUCAAUGCUACAUUUCUCAAGAAACUAAACAGAAGAUUCAGGAGCUCCGUCCUCAACUGAAAAAACUCUUUAUUAAAACUAAGUAAGAGUUGAAGAUUUUAAGCAAGUCUGUAGUAGAGUAAGAGUAGUUCCUCUUUCGCUUUAAUAUUCUGUCGAGUGAGAACUUCUCGCCCCCAGGUUAUUUUUUCUCGCAGUUUUCUUUCGCGUCACGCACGACGGACUAAGCGAAAGAAGCUGAAAGAGGGACUACUCGUAGUCGAAGUCUGUAGUUAUAAUGCUCUAUUUUUUAUAAGAAUGUUUGUUAUAUUGCAAGGUAGCCUUGAGGUAAAUCCGAGCGAUCUGAUUGGUUCUUUCAUGGUCGGGAUUUGAAACGGACAAAAGAUGUUUGUAUUUUUUGUUUUUUAGUGCCAUUUAAUAAGCUACUUACUAACCAAGCCUGCUCGAGCUGUACUGGGGAUUAUUAUAUGGCUGUGUCUCACAAGGACUGGGAACUACCAAGUUCACGAAUUUGAUUGGCUGAAAUCGAUAUUGACCGCGGUCUAGAUUUUCCCAUCUAGACCGGCAUCUCGACCGAUUACAUUCUGCCGUGAAAAAGUUGCAAACUAAAUACAAAAAUAUGAUUAUUUUCUUCCAAAAUAUUAGUUCCAGAAAAU